AUGUUCUUCGGCAUACAUACAUGACAACCGGUUCGUCAUCAUCAGUUCGGGUACUGUCCGCAAUUUUUUUGUUUUUUUUUGUUUUCUCACUUUUCCAAAACUGUAGUGGCAUACAUAGUGGUUACUUUCCGAGUGUGUGUGUGUGUGGUGUUUUAUUUUUUUUGAAAUUAUUUUCCAUGUGUGUCGGUGCCUGGAUUUGUUCCUCAACACUGCUGCCGGCCGAUUAUUUAACGCUGUUUAAUUAUGAAAUUAUACAGACAAUAGUCAACUGGAAACGUUAAUUACACAACUGUGACGGUGUUAGUAGGGAGCUACUGUGACUCGUCCCAUAUGGCCACCGUGGGUACCACCGAUGUAGCAGCAGCGACAGCGACAGUGGACUCAGCGAUGGACAUCCGACCGACAGAGCCCAAAGUCGAGCGACACGUGAGCGUUCCGCAAAUGAGCUCGAAGCCGCGCACACAGGAAAUGAUGAGCCGGCCGUCGACCAAAGAUCUGAUGGCCGUGGAACAGCACGGCAAUCGUGGGACGGCGGCGGACAAGGCGCAAUGGCCGUUUGGCGGCCGACGUUCGCCAGUCACUUCUGGCAGCAGCGGGUUCAAGGUUAAGCCGAGAUAUUCGUUCAGGACCACCGCCAGGCGGAUCAGACAACAGCAGUCAGCUAUCGACGCACUGACCCGGAACAGCCAAAUGUUGAACAUGCAGGACAGCAGCAGCAGUCUUCCCAGACAGCUACUACUAAGGGAAAACUCUCGUCAGCCUUUGAGCAGAUACCAGAGCCUGCAACCCGGCAUUUUGUUCUAUUCGUCGUCGGGAAGCGAAAACAGCCUGGGACGCGAAAGGUCCAGAACUAUAAGCAGUUACCCCAAGGGAUCGCCGACCGGCACACCAGGCACACCGUUGGGAUCGCAGUUUUCGUUGGUCACGCCUAGCACGUGUUGCUGUCAACACAUGAUCAACCACUGCAAUGGUGGUAAGAUGAUGAUGGAAAACAACAAUAGUAUGUGGCACCAUAAUUCUUCCAAGCACGGCAUGGGCAACAACACGGGCCCGACCGAUUCCAACGGAGAACCUUACGAAGACACCGACGGACUAACGUGGAGGCAAUUGCAUAUGAGCAGAGCAAAACUCAAAGCCACCGCCACCACCUCCGAACUGUUAUCCGGAUUCGCAAUGGUGGCCAUGGUGGAACUACAGAUCAACGAACCGACUAUGGUGCCCGAAUGGCUGUUUAUCAUGUUCGCGGUGUGCACGACCGUGUUGGUGGCAGUGCACAUAUUCGCGUUGAUGAUCAGCACGUACCUGCUGCCGAACGUGGACGCCAUCAGCAAGCUGCAGAGCACCAGACUGAUACACGAGUCGCCGCACGAGCGCAUGCGUGGCUUCGUCGAGCUGGCCUGGGCGUUCUCCACGGUCCUCGGGCUGUUCCUGUUCCUGGUCGAGGUGGCCAUACUGUGUUGGGUGAAAUUCUGGGACCACUCGGUCCGGGCCGCGAUGGCCGCGACCAUCGUCGUCAUACCGGUGUUGGUCAUAUUCUUGUUCUUCGUGUUCUAUUUUUACAGGAACAUCGUGGUGUACAAGUGCAAGUCCACCGUGUCCGACAUCAAAGAACUGGAGGCGAUCAAAAAGAAACUGGACGCCGCUUCGAACGUCUGACGCCCUCGGUCGGCCGUCGGUGUUUGAAACCAAUUAUACAGAAACCAUUUGUGUUAAAACCAUUUUUAUUAAAAUGAUUUUGUUUUUUGUGCCCACUUAGAAAUUAAUAAUUAAUAUUUAAGAACUCGCAUAAAAUAUAUUCUGUCGUACCGUUUAAAUUGGUUUCCUAAUAUAUUAAUUAUAUUAUUAUUAUUUAUAGUAGUUCAACAUUUUUAUAAUAUUUUGUAAUAUUUCUCGUUCGUCACCUACACGACUAAAUGUUACUUAUUUGUUAUGUUAUUAUUUUUUUUUAAAUUAUUUAUUGGAAACAAAAAACAACAUCAGAACGGUCCAAGGUUGUGUACUUGGAUUAUUAAACGCACAAAAUAAUAUUUUGUUUUUAUUGUUA